AAUGUAGCAAAAGUUUAAGUCGCCGCCGGACUGUGUUGACGGCAAGAUGGUUGGGGUACUGCAGAAAUUGUCGGUGGCUUGGAGACUGGGAAGACAAGCUGUGUUCCGGCCAGUGGUGCAGGCGGGAUGGCAACAUGUCAGGAACUCUUCACAUUUCACCUACUACCCAGACACUGUCCCGGAAUCUCACGAUGAGACGCAGCGACUCAACUUGUUCCAGGCCAUCAACAACGCCUUGGACUUGGCCCUUGCCACGGAUGACUCUGCGGUCAUAUUUGGAGAAGAUGUUGGGUUUGGAGGAGUGUUUCGCUGCACUAUUGGUCUGCAGGACAAGUUUGGGAAGGACCGCGUCUUCAACACUCCUCUCUGUGAACAAGGUAUUGCAGGAUUUGCCAUCGGUUCAGCAGUGGGAGGUGCCACCACCAUUGCUGAGAUGCAGUUUGCUGACUACAUCUUCCCUGCUUUUGACCAAAUAGUCAACGAAGCAGCUAAAUAUCGCUACAGAUCAGGCAACCUCUUUAACUGUGGUAAGCUGACCAUCAGAGCUCCAUGUGGUGCUGUGGGUCAUGGUGGCCUCUACCACUCCCAGUCACCAGAGGCUUACUUCAGCCACACUCCAGGACUUAAGGUUGUGGUGCCACGUGGCCCCAUCAAGGCAAAGGGUCUGCUGCUAUCAUGCAUCAGGGAUGAUAAUCCUUGCAUCUUCCUGGAACCCAAAGUACUCUAUCGUUCAGCAGUGGAGAUGGUGCCCACCAGCGACUACACAUAUCCUCUCUCCUCGGCAGACAUUUUGUUGGAAGGGGAAGAUAUCACCCUGCUGGGAUGGGGAACACAGGUGCAUGUGUUGAGGGAAGUGGCAGAGCUGGCAAGAGAACAGUUGAAUGUAUCCUGUGAAGUAAUUGAUCUGGUAACAAUCCUUCCUUGGGACCAACAGACUGUCUGUAAUUCCGUCAAGAAAACCGGUCGAUUAAUUGUUGCACAUGAAGCUCCUGUCACUAGCGGCUUUGGAGCAGAAAUUGCAGCGGCAGUGCAGAGUGAGUGCUUCCUUCACCUCGAGGCGCCUGUGGAGAGGGUGUGUGGUUUUGACACUCCGUUCCCACAUAUUUUUGAGCCAUUCUAUUUGCCAGACAAGUGGCGUUGUCUCAGUGCUGUGAAGAAAAUGAUGAACUACUAAGCACUGAGGUGGCUUACCACCUCCUCCAUGUUUUAAAAGAUACUUCAGCCAUCUAUUGAAAACUUAAUAUUUCCUUUUAUGCUAUUAAAUUAACCAAGUUCAAUCAUCAUGAUAACAAUGAUGAAAGGUUAAAUCUUAAUGGAGAGAUAUAUUAUUUAAUCACUGAUUGAUCAUGCCCAAAAGUAAUGUCUUUUACUAGAUGUCUGGGAGGUGAUGCCUGUGCGGUGUUAUACGAGUAUUACUGUCAUUUAUUUGAAAACUCAUAGAUGCCAUCAUGCACAUAACUGAGUGACAAAUCAUCAGCCAUGCAUGCUAGUUAUGGCUUGCAUGGCAGCACUGGGUGGCUUUGUGGCACAGUGCCCAGCUCAUGGCUAGAAGGUUGUGAGUUUGAUGCUGAUUCAUGGCAGCUUCUUGAUGGGAGAGGUAGUUGUCUCAUAAUGUUGUUAUUGAGAUAACAUAAAUCAAUAAGCACAUUUUUUUUUCCAAGGUGCAAUCAUUUUGGGUAGCAUGGGACUGACACAGGUACUGCUGUGUGCAUGCUGCCUGCCAGCCUGCCUAUGCCAUGAUAGCUGAGCACUGUGUGUGAAUUUUAUGGCUGUAAUGGUUCAUCAGUAAGGAUGCAGUAUCUAAGAUGAUGUUCAGAAUGAUCUUGUUUGAUUAAUCUUUGCUAAGAUUGUAAUGGUUAAAUGUCCAUACAGAAUCAUAAAUGCUAGUCACUGCUUAUUAAAAGAUACCCUGUCAGAUGGUAAGGAGAAAAAAGAGGUUGUGCUGGAUGUUAGUAAUGACGUGUAAUUUGAAUUUGUCUGGUCUUGUGCCAUAGAAAAGGAAAAGUGUUGUAUUACCUGGAAGUUUGUAAAUACAUGACACUUUUGUAGGGAUGAGCAUAGAUAUACAGCUUUCUCUUGUGAGGCAUAGAGGAGUGUCAGCUUAUCCUAAAAUGAUGAAUUCAUGACUUAGGUGUGAGUUGAGAUAUAUGCUAUUAUUGUGUAGCUUUUAUUUAUCUCAGUUUAUGUUGUCUGUGAUCAUUAGUUAAAAGUAGGGUUUUCUCUUUGAGGUAAGAAAAUUUUAAAAUGCUGUUCCAUGUGCUCUAGUAAAGUUGCAGCAUGUAUUAUAUUUUAGAUUAGUUGACUGGUCAGUGGCUCUGUCUUGGUCUUAUACAGGAAACAGGGAUGCUGGUUGGUUGGUUGGUUGGUCAAGGACAAAGAAGUACUAUUAGCAAUGCAUUGUAUGUACAUUUUUUCAGUGAAUCUUGUAUCAGCAACCCUUAACUCACAUUUGUGGGUUGUGGGAAGUUUUUAGUUCAACUCUUCUAAUCCAUAGAUUCUGCCAUUACUCAAAACUGUAGUGAUUGUAGGACUCACAGCACACCAUCAUUACCAACACAAUUAGUUUUUUUUUUUUUUUUUUUCUCUCCAGUCUGGGGAUCAUUGAAUCACAAAGUGGACAUAUUUAUUCAAAAGAGUGGUGUGAUGAGAUGAAACAGGGGAUAAAACAAAAGUCCUAGAUUACUCUUGUUUUUCAUUUACGCUCUGAGGAAGGCAAGAUCUGAAACAAAGAUUAAUUAAGUACUUUUGCCUCAUCCCUUGUUAUCUCUUGCUAUUGCUUUGUUGUGUGCUGUGUUUUGUAUUUAAGCUAGUUAAUUACACCACAAAGUAUUUGAAAAGGGAUGGAGGAAGUGUAGCUUACUAUUUACUCCCUACUGACUUUCGAGUUACAUAAGCAACAACAAGGCCACUUAACACUUAAAAAUGAUGUGCACAUACAUUUGGUACUUUGCCAUACCUAGAAAUUAUCAGGUUUUAGUUGACCAAGCGUAUUUAAAAUAAUUUGUAGUUUCCUGUGAUGUGGAUAAUGAUUAGCUGAAGCUGUGAGAAUUUAUAGAGUAUUACAAUAACAGGGCUGGAUAACUGUAAAUGGUUUAUAGUUUUGAUAGAUAAUGUCUCAAGAGAGAAUAAAAAGGAAAUAAAA